AUAAGACAAUCAAAAUGGUUUUCUUCAGAAGAUUUCCAACAAUUCUAUUAAUACUCGUGAUAUGGAGGACGAUAUCUGUGUUCGUUAUUCAAACGGCUCAUGUUCCAGACGAAUAUUGGCAGUCUAUCGAAGUUGCCCAUCGGCUGGCAUUUGGCUAUGGAUACCUAACCUGGGAAUGGCAAGAUGGGAUACGUAGUUACAUUUACCCAUUUUUGAUAUCGCUACUCUAUCGGUUACUGGGAUUUCUCAAUUUUGACCAUGUUGUACUCAUUACAACUUUGCCAUGUAUUCUUCAGGCUCUCCUCAGUGCUUAUGCCGACUACAGAUUCUAUAUUUGGACCAGAAAUAAAUGGGCCUUGUUCAACUUUUGUACCAAUUGGUACUGGUACUACUGUGCUCCCAGGACUAUGCUCAACACCUUGGAGACCUCGCUGACCACAAUUGCCUUGUCAAUAUUCCCAUGGAGGGACAGUAAUUCCAAAAGCAUUCACUAUUUGUGGAUUGUUGCAUUUCUGUGCGCAAUGAGACCUACGGCAGUAAUUGUUUGGAGCCCAUUAUGCCUGUUUCACAUAGUAACGACUCCGGAGAACCAAUUCUUUUUGCUCAUCAAAUAUCUAGGAAUAGGGGUGGCUAUUUUAGUCAUUUCUACUUUGGUCGAUUCUAUUUGCUAUGGGAAACUCAUCAUAUCCCAAUUGGAAUUCCUUCGUGCUAAUGUUUUCAACCAGAUGGGAAGCUUCUAUGGGACCUAUCACUUGUCAUGGUAUUUAACCCAAGGUAUGCCUGUACUCUUGGGAUUACACUGUAUACCUUUUCUGUUCACUGCUUGGCAAGUCUUGAAACAACCGGUGAAAUUUCAUCGGCAGGCUGUAAUGCUCGCUACAAUUACAUGGACAGUAGCUGUUUACUCUACAAUAGCUCACAAGGAAUUUAGAUUCAUACUGCCUCUCCUACCAUUAUUCACCUGCCUGAGUACUACUGGAAUUCUUCGCUUCAGCUAUGUUUUGUUACCAUCCAGGCAAAGAAUGCUCACUGGUAUGUUAGUUCUGACUAAUUUAGUGCCUGCCAUCUACUUCUGUUUGAUUCAUCAGCGAGGGUCUCUAGAUGUGAUGAAAAUUCUGCACCAGGAAUCCAUUACUACGAGAUAUUAUGACAUGAAUAUUCUUUUCCUAACACCAUGUCAUGCUACUCCACUUUACAGCCACUUGCAUGCCAAUGUAAGCACCAGGUUCCUUACUUGUGAGCCAAAUUUGAAACAUCAAGAGAACUAUACGGAUGAAGUAACUGGAUUUUUUCGAAAUCCGAUGAUGUGGUUGAACAGAACUUACGUGGAAGGGGAGAAUUCCCAGAUGCCAACACAUGUGGUGUUGUUUGAUAGGCUUGCACCUGAAAUUCACCAGUUUCUUCAGCAAUAUGUACAAAUUGCUAAACUGUUUUAUGCUCAUUUCACAGAAGGAAACUAUGGUUCAUAUUUAUUUGUUUACACAAAAAAAUGAAGAAAGCGGUCUUGACGGAGCUGAUUAACAGAGAACAUUAGCCACACCCAUACCUUUUUUCUAAAAUUUGUUUAGUUUAAUCUUCGACAGCCCAAAACUAUAUUUUUCAAUUUAAUCUCCUGCUAAUAAUUCUUUCAUUUCGGUGUUGUAUAAUGUAAUUGUAAGCUGUUCAUCUGUUAAAUUUGGCCAAACAUCUAUUUGAUCUGUCGAUUUACGAAGUGAUCAUCUUUUGACAAAGUGUGAUAUAGUAUGUGCCUGUCGAUACAGUGGUAUACACUGCGAAUGAAGAUGGAAGAAUUGAGACAAACUGCAAUUGUCAAGGAUUCAAUUUUUGGGAGGCUUGAUAGUCAAGAUGUCAUCAACUAUUAGUUUUCAAUGCAAAGAAUGGUUAAUUUUAUGAGAACUAUCACGGUAUAAUGAACCUUAUAAUAAACCUUAUUAUCAUUUCAUUCAAAAAAUGAUAAGAUAUAAAUAAAUUAAUUUGUGUAA